UUUGUUGGCCGGGGGACGUACCGCGCAUGUGCCGGCCGGUUGUGAGCUGUGCGGGCGCUGCUUAGGUUUCCAUUCCCAUCACUAUGAAACAUGAGCGCCUGUCUAAAUGGGAAUACAACAUUUACCUGCUCCUAUCCCUGGGAAUUCACUUCUACUCAUUCUAUGAGGUCUACUUGUCUUCCAGAGAACAUGAAGAUGAACUUGAACAGGAAAUUGGCUUAGAAAUAUCUUUUUGGGGCCUAAAAAAGGAUGUGGCGGACUUUGAGUGGAGUUUUUGGAUGGAGUGUGCUCACUCAAGGCUGUUAUGGCUAAUGCUGGGGCACAUGGUGAUUUCAGAGUUUUCUGGAAGAUUUUUGGGAAAGCAUCGCUUUUGGUGUCUGAUGUCCUAUGGCAUGGCGGCCUGCUGGUUUGUACUGGGAACAAAAGGCCUGGCAACCAUUUUCCUGAACGCCUUUAUAUUUUAUCUGAUAGCGCAGAUAAAGAUUCCACUGUUCACCUGGCUGAGCUCUGCCCUCAUGCUCCUAAUGUUACACAAUGAGACUGUUGAACAUACCCAGCGUGGUUGGUAUGGCACCGAGAACGAAUUUUAUCUCCUGCAGUUCACACUCACUGUACGCUGCCUUUUUUACACCAGUUUCUGCCUAGAAUACAGUGCGCUCCAGGGAGCUUGCUACACCUUCCCAUCAAUGCUGGCCUAUGUGUUUUAUUACCCUUUAUUCCACAAUGGUCCUAUCAUUCCUUUCAAUGACUUCUCUGAGCAGAUGCAGAAACAAGAUACGGAAUGGAGAAACAUUCGUUAUCCUGGAUUAUUUGCAGACGUGUUGCGUUUUAUGCUGUGGUGGUGCCUGGCAGAGCUGAUGAUCCAUUUGAUGUAUAUGCAUGCAAUGUAUAGCCAUUACCCUGUUCUUGAAGAAGCCUCAUACUGGACUCUUGGCGGUCUGGCAUUGGCACAGGUACUAUUCUUCUAUGUGAAAUAUUUAGUUCUGUAUGGUCUUCCGGCACUUCUUAUACAGCUCGAUGGUCUAAAUUCACCUGCUUUGCCUCGCUGCGUGAGCUCAAUGUACAGCUUCACUGGCAUAUGGAGGUGUUUUGAUGUUGGUCUCCAUCGUUUUCUUGUAAGAUACAUUUACAUUCCGAUGGGCGGGUCACAAAGUGGGACAGAAAGAAUGCUGCUCUCUACCGCCUUGACUUUUAUAUUUGUGUGCUAUUGGCAUGGAAACCAUGAAUACCUCUGGUAUUGGGCAGCACUCAACUGGAUUGGAAUUAUCACAGAACAUGGAGUGAAGAAGCUCCUGUCUAUUCCUUUCAUUCAAGAAAGAAUUGAUCACUGUUUGUCACCAAGGACAUUUCGCCUGCUUCACGCUGCUCUGGCAUCUGUUUCCAUGGCUCUGCUUAUCCUCACCAACCUGGUUUUCCUGGGUGGCGAACACGUUGGAAAGAUCUACUGGGACAGACUGUUUGUACACAGCUGGCCAUGGGUCCCUCUCCUAGUUCUUAGCUGCCUCUACUGCUUUGCCCAAGUCGGAAUUGAAUGGAGUCUGUUCUUAUUCCCCGAAUACAAAUACAAGUUUCCACUUUGUGCCAGGAAGAAGUCAGAAAGAUGAAGGGCAGCAAACAAAACCAGAAGAAACUGAACCAACAUCUCUGGAUAUUGAGGAGGCUCUC